AUGGUUCGCGAUACUAAGCUGUAUGAUAUUUUAGGAGUGGCUCCUACUGCCACAGACUCGGAAAUUAAGAAGGCCUACCGCAAAAUGGCCCUCAAGUACCACCCUGACAAGAACUCCUCUGAGGAAGCUCACGAGAAGUUCAAGGAAGUGAGUGGUGCUUACGAGGUUCUUGCUGAUGAUGAGAAGCGUAGUCUUUAUGAUAAUUAUGGUAUGGAAGGUCUCCAGGGACAAGGUGGUCCCGGCGGCGACGACCUAUUCUCACACUUCUUUGGUGGAAUGGGCGGUAUGGGAGGCAUGUUUGGCGGCGGCCGCCCCUCUGGACCCCGUCGUUCUCGUGAUAUUGUGCAUGUCGUUAAAGUCACUCUUGAGGACCUCUACAAGGGCCGCACAGCCAAGAUGGCUCUCAAGCGCACCAUUGUUUGCCCCGAUUGCAAAGGUAUUGGCGGUAAAGAAGGCAAGGUCAAGAAGUGCACUGCCUGCCAUGGCCAGGGUGUUAAGUUAGAGGCCCGCCAGAUGGGCAACGUUAUCCAGCAGUACCAGACCGUUUGCCGGGCAUGUGAGGGCACCGGUGAGAUCUGCGCUCCCGAAGAUCGUUGCAAGAGAUGCAACGGCAAGAAAAAGAUCGAAGAGUCUAAGGUUCUUGAGGUUCACAUUGAGAAGGGCAUGGCCAACGGCCAACGCAUCACAUUCCAAGGUGAGGGCGACGGUGGCCCCAACAUCAUCCCUGGCGAUGUUAUUUUCGUUCUUGAGGAGCAGCCUCACGCCCGCUUCGAGCGCCGCGGCAACGAUCUGUUCUACAAGCAGAAGCUGGAUCUUCUUACUGCCCUCGGCGGCGGCAGCUUUGAUAUUGAGCAGCUCGACGGCCAGUGGAUCCACGUCGCUAUCGGUGAGGGUGAGAUUAUUUCUCCUAACCAAUUCAAACUCGUCAAAGGCAAGGGUAUGCCUUCGCAGCGUUUCCACAACCACGGGGAUCUUAUUAUUGAAUUCGAGAUUGAGUUCCCCAAGACUGUCACUCCAGAGAACUUGCAGCUACUGGAAAAGGCUCUCCCACCCCGAGUGGCCCCGCAGACCCAUCCCGAUGCUGAGUUCGUGACCAUGGAGGAGGUCGACGUCUCCAAGCUGCGUGAAAACCCUGAGGAUGCUAUGGACGAAGACGACGAAAUGGGCGGUGGCCACGGUCCUGGUGUGCAGUGCGCCAGCCAGUAA